CAAUAAAUGGCUCAAGUUCGAGGAUCCUGCGAAACUCUCUGUCCCGAUACAGAGUCCAAAAUGCGAAUCCGGGAGAAUCUCCUUCACUUUUACGAGCUGAAAAAUGGCCAGAGAAAAACGCCAGGAAUCCUGGUAAAAGAGUUUACAAGAUCCGCCGCUGAUGUUAAGAUGCCCCAGGCCAAGGACAUGCGCACUGAAGCGUCGCUGAGAAAAACGGUGGAAUAUCUCUUAAAGGACAUUUUCCUGGAUACCCGGAAGCCUUACAAUGUAGCCUACGACUUUAUCUUCGAUCGAUUGCGUGCCGUACGUCGAGAGAUCGUGAUCCAGGGUUACGACGCUCGUCAAACCAUUCCACUUUUGGAGCCCAUUGUGAUUUUCCUGGCUUACAGUCGCUAUCGAUUAUGUGAGGAAUCCAUCGAAAAAUUUGAUCCCAAGAUUUGCAACCAGCAUCUGCAAGAGUGCUUGACCGGUGUGCUUCGUUGCUACGAUGAACUGGAGGAGCAGGUGACCCCCAGCGACCUGACCAUUCGGGAGCUGGAGCGACGCUGCCUUAUUGAAUCCCUGUAUCAGAUAUUUAACUUGGGGUCCCCCGAGUCCUUUGUGCGUGCUCUUACUCUGCCCGAUUACAUAAAAAAGGAUCCCACUUUCAAGCUCUCUUUUGAGAUCUGUUUGGCAUAUCACCAGGGAAAUCUCUACAGAGUACUAAUGGGGUUUCCACAGCUGCCGCACAUUCUUUCUGCCAUGGCCUGCACCAAAUUGCCGGCACUGAGAAAGAGUUUGUUGCAGAUUUUCACGCAUGCCUACAACAACAAGCAGCUUACGGUGCCGGUUCCGUACUUGUUGCGUUUGCUUUUAAUCGACAAGCCGGAAUCGCUGCAAGAACAAUGCCGGCAUUAUAACCUGUCAUUGACAGCCGAUCGAAAGACCGUUCAUUUCAAUAAGACUGACUUUAAUAAUGCUGUUGACCCCUUGAGGCCGCGGUGCGAACCCUUCGUGGAAUCCAAACUGGCAAAGGUUUAUUUGCCGGAAUUGUUGCUGCUGAAGAAGUUUUAAGUUCAAGUUGCAAUUGUUUUGUAAAUAUUACUGUGUAAAUAAAAUUUUAAUUUAUUUUA